AUGGCGAACGCUGUCGCUGAUGGUGUGGAUGCUCUGAAUCAGGACAUUGGCUGCGAUACCAGUCCAAGCAAAACACAAACAAACUUGCCGAUGAGAAAUCCCAUCGAUGAAAAAACAGAGGUCGUCUCUGCGAUACAUUGCUGUGGCACAACAAUUCGGGUCAAAUCCCUGCCAACCAGUAACAUCCUAUCAGCGACGUCAAAGACAGUGUGCACGUCUGAAACUAUGCAGCUUCCUGAAUACUCUGACAAUAGUGUUGCCAUCAAGUAA